AUGGAUGAGUCUCUAUAGUUGGGUACUGAAUCACAUUCAUUGUUUCCUUUCCCUUUCCUCAAAAACACCAAAAAAUAACAAAUAAAGAGAAGAUAAGCUCAAAACCCCAUAACAUUAUCUUACACCACCCACACCACACCCCCCCUCCUCCUCCCCCUCUCACCCCACCAAAAGUCGUAAUUCUCACUCCAUAUCAUACCCUUUUUAACCUUUUAUUAUAUCAGUAUAUGAGCUGCUGAUAAUUUCCAAAAAUUGAGUGAUAAAAAUGGCGAUUUCGGACAGAGUAGUGGGGAAUUUGACAACGUUGUACCUGUUGGUGAUAGCUGGUAUGAAGGCUUAUGGAUUGAUGACUGGGCGGAGCUACGGCGGAGGUUUUGUGCUGAUUGUGUCCACAACUGUAGUAGGUAUUAUAUUGAUUUUGAGUCUGACGUAUGACGUGUCACGUAAGGCUAGGUAUGCGUUGACACGUAAUCGUAAUCUUCAUCAUCAUCAUCAUCCUACUCAGCAGCUUUAUCAGCCACGUCAUCAUUCCGAGGAGUUGUGCCGAGGUGGCAUAUGCUGGCACGGCGUCGCCGUCAGAUCUCCGGCGUCUCAGGUUCGGUUCCGGCUUCCUCAGCAUCAGCCUCGUUAAUUAGCAAUUUUGCAAAAGCGGUCAAAAAAGUAAAAUUGAGUGAUUUUCACUGUAAAUCUGUAAAUUAGUUUUGGAUUUUAUCUUUUUCAGCUCGAACAUUGACAGGUUUGGUGAAAUUAGUGUAAAUAGUGACCGGAAAGAGAAAUCAGCAUCGCAUUUUGGGCAUGUAAAUUAAAAUGAGAGUGCUAUUAGCGAAGUGCUUCCAUUGGUGACUCUGGAGUUUCUUGAAUUGAUGUUUAUUUUGUACUA